GCAGCCCUGACACCUAGUGUGUUACCCGAAUUCGGGUUGUCAGGUGCUGCCUAGUCCCGUCGCUGCCCUUAAUAACGACAAUUGGUAAAAAUGAUGGGACGGAUGUUACGAGAUGCCUCUGGUCCCCAUGGGCAAUUUGUUGGGUCCCAGAGCAAUUCCUUCUGUCAACAUACAGACUUGGAUCCUAUAAUGUGCUGCUGUGGAGAAGAGGAAAAAGACUUUGCUUGGGUGUGGAGCACACGUGAACAAGGAGGCCAAGCUGGCAGCAUUCUUCUUGCUACUGAGGACCGACAGAUUAUCUUCAACCCAGAAUACAGUUCAGGGACCGCAGCCAUUCGAGGGAAUGAAACUCUUCAUAUUGGCCACCAUCAUUACUGGGAGCUGAAAAUGACCUCGGCUGUAUAUGGGACAGAUAUUAUGGUUGGGGUUUGUACGCCAAAGUGUGACCUGAAGCAUGGCAUCCACCGUUUCUGUUCUCUGCUUGGACGCGAUGAAGAGUCCUGGGGCUACUCUUACACAGGCACUAUCCGACACGCAGCCAAGUUUCGUCACUACGGUCCCCGUUGGGGCAAGGGAAGCAUUGUUGGCAUUCACCUCGACUCCUGGCGUGGAACCCUCGAAUUCUUUUUGAACAGGAAGCCUUUAGGUAUAGCCUUCACCGGACUACAGAAUAUAGAACUAUAUCCAAUUGUCACCUCAACAUCAGCCCACUCUGGCAUGAAAUUGGUUACCAGCUGUGACUUUCCGUCUAAUCUUCAGUUUCUGGCCUCUGAAGUUGUGUUCAAACAUGUGCGUGAGAAGAUGAAAGUGCGUCCUGAGAACCUGCCACUGCCACCUGGCCUGCGCUCCUUCGUGGCAAACAACUUCUGGCCACUCUUACGUUCUGUUGCAUUAAAGGAUGGAGAUAAUGAAAAUGAAGAACCAAAAUGGUCCACAAGUGGCAUGAAACACCCCUACAAAGAUGACUCGCAAGACAGACAACUGUAUAAAAAGUUUUGCAGUCGACCCGUUUAUCACAGAACCUAUUCAGCUUCUUCCUCUGAUAGUUCUGAUGGCAGUUCUUCCCCAAGCUCUCAUUAUUGCUUAGUUGAUAUCUCACCAGAACUCUCCACUUCUCCUUCACAAGCUUCGACUUCUUCAUCAUUGAAAAACUCCUCCUCUUCAGCUUUACCACCGGUGCAACCUUCUACAUCAGACACAGAUAAUCCCUCUUCUAGACUGACUCUCAAAACAUCAGAGAGCUACAGAGAUCCAUCUGCUAGCUCAGACUCAUAGUUUCAUUUAGUAAUACAUUAUAGGAAUUCUAACAAAUUUAUAUAAAGUUUUCGUGUAUUUUGGGGAAUGUUAAUUCUUAAAAUUAAUUGGUUAUGGAAUUAUUUGUACAUGUAUGUGCAUUCACAUGCACAUGUUUACAUGAACACACACACACACACACACACACACACACACACACACACACACACACACACACACACACACACACACACACACACACACACAAAGAGCCAAAGCUCAACCCCCGCAAGCACAAAUAGGUGAGUACACACACACACACACACACACACACACACACACACACACACACAAAAUGUUUUAAUCUUGUUGGCUGUAACUUCACGCAUCUCGUGUAGAUAUCUCCACAGCUUCAUUCUCCAUCCUAUGAUACCUGUGAAGUUUAUUGGGUUGGUAGAAAACCUCGCAACCAAAGAUAAUGUUUGUGAUUACAGAAUUAUCAGCAGGUGUGAAAAAGGAAAAACCCAUUUGGUUCAGCACUUCUUGCAAGAACUUAUCUAAAUGCUUCUUGAAGACAUCCACCUUUGAUGACUAGACCACACACUAGAAGGUGAAGGGACGACGACGUUUCGGUCCGCCCUGGACCAUUCUCAAGUCGACUU